AUGACAUCAGUAUCAAGAUUGCGGAUAAGCAAUAUUUUACCGCCUAUUAAAUGCUCUAAUUGUGAAGAAUAUGUUCAAUUAUCAAAGAUGGGAGAGCAUAUAUGCGAGAAAACAAGAGAGGGAUAUCAGGAGAAUUUUAAGAAUUAUGGGUAUUCAUCAUCAUUUCCUGAGGCAUCUAAGUCACCAUUGGAGCGGAAUAAAGAAGUGAAUGGAAUGGGUUUAUAUACGACAUCGCAUAAUAAGUCAGUUUCUUCUAGUGAUACAGGGUAUAAGGAGGAAGGGAUAGAUAAGAAGGGAUAUCGUGAAAAACGGCAUAUUUUUGAGCGGUUAAAUACAAUUACACCGGGGCCUUUAGGGGUAGGGGAUGGUUCGAAUUAUAGAGAAGGAAAAUGUAUGGAAUCGGAGAGAUCAAGUAAAGAUUUUAUGUUAAAAAAAGAAGUACACGAUAAAAGUUGGAAAAAACGUAGUGCUAGACUUCAACCCUAUCGAUGGCCUAAUAGUGCAUCAAGUCAAUCUUCAAUAUGUACGUUUGAUUCAUCGCCAAUUGAGAAGAAUCAUGUGGAAUUGAUGUCUCAAAGAAAAAAUAAGGAAUAUAUGGAAAUUAAUUAUGAACAAAUGAUUUCACCGACAUGUGAAAAUAUUGAAAAAAUGUUAACAUUGAAAGAUAAAUCGAAUUUAACGGAAUACACGAGAGAUAGGAACUCAUUAUGUUCAGAAAAGAAAUCGAAAACAAAAAACGAGAAUCAUAUACGUCGAAAUUCCAGGAAAAAAUCGAAAUUUCCGGAUGAAAAUAGCGAAAGAUAUUUGAUAGAAUGGGCGCGACGAGAUAAAGAGCUUUCUUCAAAAUUUAUUGAAAAAACACCCAAUUCUAUUAUAUCAAUUCAAGAAUUCAACAAUAAAAAUAUACAUUCAAAACCAUUUAAUGAAAAGAAGAUUUAUAAUAACAACAAGCAUGGUCAUUUUUUUGAACGAAAUAGCAAUUCCACCGCUUUUUCAACAUCUAGUAAUAUUAGUCGAGAUGGAAAGAUAUCUUCGUGUUCUAUAUCAAGCCCUAAUUCUGAAAUUUCUGUAUCAACCCUUCAAGAACAAAAAGGUAUUUCUAAAAACGAAUUACAUGUAAAUUCAUUUGAUAAACCGCUCAAUAAUAUGGAAAAUCCUCUUUAUAUGUCCCAUGUUCGUUCUGAUGAUACACUUGCAUUUCAUAUGAAUAAUACUCGAAAAAAUAAUGUCAAAAAUAAAUAUUUAUCUGAUUUUUAUUGCAAAAAAUGUAAUAAAUAUAUUGAAGGAAAAUCGAUUCGCUGUUCGGAUGGAAAAAUCUCUGGUAGAUUUCACCGCGAAUGUUUUAAAUGUUUUAAUCCGAACUGUCAAAAGUUAUUCACUACUUCAGAAGUUUACGUUUUUGAGGGCGAACCAUUUUGUUCCAAACAUUAUCAUAUGCUUAAUAAUUCCUUGUGUGCAGCAUGUGGGGAAGGUAUAGAAGGCAAAUGUUUUCAAACAGAAACCAAUGAUAAAUACCAUUUUUAUUGCUUUACAUGUUACUCUUGUAAAAAGCCUCUUAAUGGCGAAUAUUUCGAUAUCGAUGGAAAAGCUUAUUGUGAAAAGGAUGUUGCUAAACUCCUUACUCUUAAGAUGCUUCCAUAUCAACGCUUAGAAAAACGGGAAACUAAAAUACUUACUAUGGGGGUAUUUUAAUUUAUUUUUUUGUUCAGUUUU